ACUUGGAGGCGGAACUUCCGAUUCCGAGACGUCUUCCCAGGAUCCUCAGGGAAAGCCGGCCGCCUUCUAGGCGGACAGAAAUGGACUCAAAACUCAAAGAAGACGUCCCGGUGCAGGAUGAAUUUGUUUUGUGUGGUGGAGUUGAAACGCAGGUUCUAAAAUGUGGGCCGUGGACUGACUUCUUUAAUGAUCAGAGUGUCAGCAGACCCAAACUGCUGAUUUUUAUUAUUCCUGGUAACCCAGGUUUUCCUUCCUUUUAUGUGCCAUUUGCAAAGACUUUAUACUCCUUGACAAACAGACGCUUUCCAGUUUGGAUUAUCAGUCAUGCUGGUCAUGUCUUGGCCCCCAAAGAUAAGAAGGUUCUUACAACAUCAGAGGAUGCAAAUGCUCAAGACAUCAAGGACAUCUAUGGACUGAAUGGUCAAAUAGAACACAAACUAGCUUUCCUGAGAACCCAGGUGCCAAGGGACAUGAAGCUUGUGCUCAUCGGCCAUUCAGUCGGCAGCUAUCUUGUUCUUCAGAUGUUGAAGCGUGACCCUGAGCUUCCAGUAAUUCGAUCCUGUCUGCUCUUUCCAACAAUUGAACGAAUGUCCGAGUCACCCAAUGGCAGAAUUGCCACUCCCCUUUUGUGCUGGUUUCGAUAUGUUCUCUAUGCUACUGGCUACUUGAUACUUAAACCGUGCCCUGAGAUAAUCAAGUCCUUGAUGAUCAGAAUGGGCCUUCGAAUGAUGAACGUGGAGAAUGAAUUUUCACUGACGAAUGCUUUUCAACCCUUCUGCCUAGCUAAUGCUGCCUACCUUGGAGGCCAAGAAAUGAUGGAGGUGGUGAAGAGAGACAAUGAAACCAUAAAGGAACAUUUGCCUAAGCUUACAUUUUACUAUGGUACUACAGAUAGAUGGUGUCCAAAAGAGUACUAUGAAGACAUCAAGAAGGAUUUUCCAGAAGGAGAUAUUCGACUCUGCGAGAAACAAAUAGCCCAUGCCUUUAUCCUCCGUUCUUACCAGGAAAUGGCAGAGAUGGUCGCUGACUGGCUAAAAGAUGAUCUGUCUAAACUAUAACUCUUGAUACAAGCAAACAAGUCCCUACCACCAGUACAUGGAGGCAGUAGGUGUACUAUACUUGACAUAAAUGAUUGUGAUGUUUGAUAUGAGGAAAGAAAAAAUUAAGAACCUCUUGGCUUAAAAACUGUAAGCCCCCAGCUCCCCAUGUUACAGGCUGAAGUAAACACACUUGAUGAUCCAUUCCAUAAGUUUAAAACAUUUUCUAAGACUCAGGGAACACAGUGAUCUAAACAAGGUCUCAUGUUUGCACAGACUACCCGGUGGCACCAUAUGGUUUAUUUUGGUAGGCCAGAUCCUUGUAGAUAAAAAAAUAUAUAAAUUUAAUUGAUUUUGACUGAGUUAUACUGUUGAAUAGGCUCUCCUAGGGGAAAUUAUGAAAUAUCUAUUAGAAAAUGUGAACGAGAUCAAUGAAUGUGAAGGGAAUGGUUAGAUACGUGAAGUGUAUGAGAUCACGAUGAGGAUACACUCAUGUUCCGGAAGCAGGAAGUGAUGGGCAAUGGAUACUGGCCAUGGACCUGGGUCUCUUCUAGGACAAAAGAUGAGGAUCAGCCCAAACGAACUUUGCACAGGUCUUGGCUAAGAUCAUCAGUGUCACUGCUGGUCUGCCUGCAUUAGACAAAGAACAAAAUUCACCAGACAUUACUCUGAUCAACUAGCCAGAUAAAGAGUUGUUGAAGGAUCCCAAUUAUGCCUCCUGCCAUGGGAGAGCCAGCAAGCUGGGUGCUCAGCCUCAGCCUGCCAGGUUGUGAGCUCCCUUCAGGCUCCUCUUCUCCAGAGCCAGGAUGGGGAGGCCCUGGGCCGUCCUGAACCAGGCUUAUAUGCACCAACAUACUCCUUCUGUGAUUCUUCUUUCUUUUUUUUUUUUAACUUCAGUUAUUAUGAGGGUACAGAUGAUUAAGUUACACUGUUUGCCUUGGUUAGGUAAGAUCACUGUUGUAGUUGUGCCCCUCACCCAGGAGGUGUGCCACAUACCUUCUGUUGUUCCCAUUAGGUGAGAGCACACCAGCUUUUGUGAUUCUUGCAAUAAAACUCUGUUGAAGACCAGCAGUGAGCCACGUACUGUGCUAGCCAUUGAGGAUAGAGCUCGUUUAGCUACUUGAUGAUUCUUUUCUUCUGAAAAUUUUUCUAAUAAAUAGUUUUUGAAAUGGCAUUUUAAAUUACUAAGAGCAUUAACCAUAAAUCAUUUCUCUG